CCGACGUUGGGUUGAUUCUCUACUUCCAUGCUUUGGGUGUAAAUAAUUCUCCCCUCGCAAUAUACAGGAAACUACUCUUGAGAUUAAGUGUUUCAUAGACGCAUCAACCAGCCAGGUGUGUUAACAAGCAAAGCAGCAUAUUCGUUUCACUCAGUUUCACCAUAUGAAACAGAGUUCCUGGCUACACAAUGAGCAGAGUAUUGUUCAAGGGAAAGCGUGUAUUAACAUGUGCAGCAUGUGCCUCUGUGCUGCUCUUCAUAGGCUACUUCACACCUACAGCAGUAAGGUACUUGGAGGGGUUAAUCCCCAUGAACCGAUGUCCUCUAGCCCCUGGAGAGAAGCUGAAGCUGGGGAAUAGUAUAGAUGCUUCCCUAGACCUUUGGUCCAGAGGUGAUGUUCAGACCUGCACUGACUGGGGAGCCCCUUUGAUCUGGGAUGGAAUGUUUGACCCAGAUCAUUACGACCAGGAGCACAAAAGGAACCACUCCUCUGUCUCUCUCACUGUAUUCGCUGUGGGCAGGUAUCUAGAUGCCUACCUGGAGGCAUUCCUUCUCUCUGCUGAGCGUCACUUUAUGGUGGCUUUACCUGUGACAUACUAUGUGUUCACUGACGUUCCCAAGAGGGUACCAGACAUCCAGCUUGGUCCUGGGCGGAGCCUGAAAGUUGUGAGGGUGCAGAGACACUCUCGCUGGCAGGACAUCUCCAUGAUGCGUAUGAGGUCCAUCGCAGAUGCCAUUGAGUCAGAGAUUCGUCACCACAGCAGCUACGUCUUCUGUUUUGAUGUGGACCAGGUGUUUGUGGGUCGGUUCGGCUCAGAGGCUCUGGGAGACUGUGUGGCUCUGCUCCACGCCUUCUACUACCACCGACCACAGAGCCUGUACACCUACGACCACAAUCCCAGGUCCAGGGCCUACAUGGAGACUGGGGACUUCUACUAUCAUGCUGCCGUGUUUGGAGGCUCGUGGCAGACAGUGAAAAAUAUGACGGAGACCUGUUACCAGACCAUCAUGGAGGACAAGGAGAACCAGGUGGAGGCUCUAUGGCAUGACGAGAGUCACCUCAACAAGUACCUGUGGCUCCAUAAGCCCAGCAGAGUGCUGUCUCCUGAGUACUGCUGGAGCAGUGACAUUGGUUACCGUGAUGACAUGCAUGUGACCCGCCUGCUCUGGGCAAAGAAGAAAUAUGACACACUCCGGGUUACAGAUUGAGUAAUCAGAACCUGUGUGCAAAAACCCCUGAAGCUUCAAACAGUGCAGAGCUGCAACAGUCUAUUGCCCGAUAUGAGUUACGCCCACACCUUGUGCAAGUCAAUAAAGUUUGUAAGUAUAACAUGAUGGGCCAUCAGACUAUUGCAGCUGUGAAACCUUUGGCUUGCGUGUUGAAACAGGAAUUUCCAAGUAGUUAGUUUCCUGGUUCUCAUGUGUCACAUACACAUUCUACAUUUUUGUUAUUUAGCACAUGCUCUUAUCCAGAGCGACUUACAGUAGUGAGUGCUUACAUUUUUCAUAUUUUUUCGUACUCAUCCCCUGUGGGAAUCGAACCCACAACCCUGGCGUUGCAAGUGCCAUGCUCAACUAACUGAGCCACACCAGAUAAGUGCAGUGACCUAUGUAGGCAGGAACUAAUGGGAAAUCUAUGCAAAUGAUUUAACAUAAAAAAAUUUGUAUGAUUUAUAUUUGUGGAUUAUGAACAAAAAAUGUGUUUUAUAAAGUUGUGUGUGUGUGUGUGUGUGUGUAUAUAUAUAUAUAUAUAUAUAUAUAUAUAAAAUCCUAAAUAAAGAACUUGUCAAAAGGAUCCACCCAUAGCAACCCCACUCCAAAAUAAGGGCUAGAUUCGAGCCGUACCGCAGAAGAUCCACCUUAUUAUGUUAUUUACAUUUUUAAAGGUAAUUUCUGAUUUAACCGUCAUAUGUAGCAUUUACUGUGAAUGCAUUCUCUGCUAACGCGAGAACGUUGCCUUUAAAUUGCGCUAUAGUGCUACGGAUUGAAUCUAGGUCUCUGUAUUAACAUGUCUCCAAUGGAAUUACUGGCCACUUCUCUUUGAAUACCAACAUUCUUAAAGGGGGCCUGAACUC